ACCCACAAAUCUAUAAAGAAAUGCUAUAUAGCUUAAGUUAAAAGUGCGUAGCCUGCACUUCCUACUCCCUGCGACGAAGCUUAUUGAUCUUCAAUUACCACAGCGUGUACGGCUUAUCUCUGCAAAAUACUGAGUAUUAUUACACCCAGCAUCCUAUCAAUAAGUAAAUGAUAUUAACUAAACCAUGUUUCCCACGGUGUUAGCCCUCAUGGACCUUUAUGUCUAAAUCCAUUUGGAGUUUUCAAGUUCCAUGCUCUUCAUCUGUGAUUGCCUCGCAUCCCUUCUCUCUAAGACACUUACACUCGAGAAAAAUGAUCAAAUCAACACUAGCUUCUGCGUUGUUGGUGAAUCUUCUCUUCCUUUAUGGCCAAGGCAUUUUGAUGACAGUGGCGGAAGCCACUAGCAAAGUUCAUAUCGUUUAUCUGGGUGAGAAGCAGCAUGAUGAUCCCAAGCUGAUUACAAAUUCACAUCAUGAAAUGCUUGCAGAUGUUGUGGGAAGCAAGGAAUUAGCCUCACAAUUGAUGGUGUACAGCUACAAACAUGGAUUCUCUGGGUUUGCAGCCAAGCUGACAGAGUCUCAGGCCCACAAGCUUGCCGAAUUACCUGGCGUUGUUCGAGUUAUACCUAAUAGCCUUCACAAGCUCCAAACAACUAGGAGCUGGGAUUUUCUUGGCCUAUCUUCUCAUUCUCCUGUCAAUGCUCUUCAAAGCAGUAGCAUGGGUGAUGGAGUUAUAAUAGGUGUCUUUGAUACAGGAGUAUGGCCCGAGUCUAAAGCUUUCAGAGAUGAAGGACUUGGACCGAUCCCGUCUCGCUGGAAGGGUGUUUGUAAAUCUGGAAAGAUGUUUAAUGCUGCCCUUCACUGUAGCAAGAAAAUAAUUGGAGCCCGUUGGUACAUUGAUGGUUUUCUUGCUGAAUAUGGAAAGCCGUUAAACGCAUCAGGAGACCUUGAGUUUCUAUCCUCAAGAGAUGCAAAUGGACAUGGGACGCACACAGCUAGCACAGCCGCUGGAGCUUUUAUUCCCAAUGUUAGCUACAAAGGCCUAGGUCUUGGGACCGUAAGAGGUGGAGCUCCUCGUGCUCGGCUAGCAAUAUACAAGGUCUGUUGGAAUGUUCAUGGAGGACAAUGCUCAUCUGCUGACAUGUUGAAGGCUUUUGAUGAAGCCAUACAUGAUGGGGUUGAUGUGUUGUCCAUCUCAAUCGGGUCUUCAAUUCCUUUGUUUUCAGAUACCGAUGAGCGCGAUGGCAUAGCUACUGGUUCCUUUCAUGCUGUUUCCAAAGGCAUUACUGUCGUUUGUGGGGCUGCUAAUGAUGGGCCUUCAGCUCAGACCGUGCAGAACACAGCACCUUGGAUCUUGACUGUAGCAGCAAGCACCAUGGAUCGAUCAUUUCCAACACCCAUCACACUUGGGAACAAUAAAACAUUCCUGGGUCAAGCCACGUUUAGAGGAAAGGAGAUUGGUUUCAGAGGCUUGGUUUAUCCAGAGGCGCCAGGGCUGGACCCCAAUGCUGCAGGCGUCUGUCAAUCCUUAUCACUUAAUGUUACAUUAGUAGCUGGAAAGGUGGUUCUCUGCUUCACGUCAAUGGCUCGCAGAUCUGCAGUAGCAAGUGCAGCAGAAGCUGUCCAGGCAGCAGGUGGAGUUGGAUUAAUUGUUGCCAAGAAUCCAAGUGAUGUAUUGUAUCCCUGCAGUGGUGACUUCCCAUGUGUUGAAGUGGACUUCGAGAUUGGGACCAGGAUACUCUUUUACAUCCGUUCUACAAGAUCCCCUGAAGUAAAAUUGAGCGACACUAAAACAAUUGUGGGCAAUCCAGUGUUGCCAAAGGUAGCAUAUUUCUCAUCUAGAGGGCCCAACUCAAUUGCUCCGGCAAUUCUCAAGCCCGAUAUAACAGCACCUGGGGUGAACAUAUUAGCUGCGACGUCACCUCUGGAUGGAUUUGAGGACAAUGGAUAUGCAAUGCAUUCAGGAACUUCAAUGGCAACUCCUCAUGUCUCAGGCAUAGUGGCUCUUCUCAAAUCAUUGCAUCCAGAUUGGUCCCCAGCCGCCAUUAAAUCUGCACUUGUCACAACAGCAUUGAGUAAUCAUCCUUCAAGCUAUCCAAUAUUCGCCGAGGGAUCUCCCCAAAAGCCGGCUAACCCAUUUGACUUUGGAGGAGGCAUUGCGAACCCAAAUGGAGCAGCAGAUCCUGGUCUGUUAUAUGACAUGGAUACAGCUGAUUACCUACAUUAUCUCUGUGUGAUGGGCUACAGCCACAGUUCGAUUUCUAGACUCACAGGACAUCCCACACAAUGCCACAGCGUAAAACAAUCAAUUUUGGACAUUAACCUUCCUUCUAUAACCAUACCAAAUCUUAGAAAAUCAAUCACAGUCACCAGAACAGUCACAAAUGUUGGAGCCGCUAACUCCACUUACAGAGCAGUGAUUGAAGCUCCAUUCGGGACUAAUGUAUCAAUAAAACCUGAUGUGUUAGUCUUUAGAAAUCAAACUAAGAAAAUGAACUUUACUGUGACAGUUACUGCUACCCACCAGGUGAACACAGGGUAUUAUUUUGGGAGCCUAUCAUGGAGAGAUGAGGUACACGUGGUGAAAAGUCCUUUGUCUGUGAGAACAGAGAUGUUACAGCCUUAUAUUAGUGACAACUAUAUAAUUGAAAAUUAGAUGUCAGUUUGUUUCAUAUUUAUUUAUAUAAUCCAAAUGAAAUUUCAUGUAUAAAUUGAUUCAGCAUUUUCUUUA